GCUGAAGUCCUUUACAUAUGCUUGGCCAUUACUUUUGCCGCGCUUAUGCGUGUAGAGCACGGAUCGCGUGGUACUAACAACCGCCAAGGUACGGUGGAUUGAGGCGCGACGUCAUCAAACUACCAAGCCGUAGCUACGUUGAUCUCGCCCGCCCGGUAUCACCAGCAUCACCGAACCUCAUCAUCAACAACAACGCUUACGAACAAUGGCAUUCCGACUCUUUGCGCCUCCCAUUUCCGUUCUCGGUGCCGCCGCCGGCCUCGGGUAUCUCAGUCACGGUGGCAAUAGGCCGUCGAGUCUGUUUGCGACGUACCGAUGCGAAGCUCCCAGCUCGGCCUUCGGCGGAUUCGGAUUACCCUGGGGGACGAGCCGCAAGCCUAUGGCCCCACCACCAAGGAACCGGAACGGAUACAAUCCAGCGAUCUAUCGGCAGAUCUCGACGGGCAGUUUCGUGGGCAUGGGGCUAGGCCUGUGUGUCUCCCGUUUCGGGAAGACGCUGUGCUUGAUUCUUGGGGCGUUGAUGUUGAUAGUUGAGACUCUCGCACGGCAAGGAAUCGAUCUCGUGCCUGCUGGGAAGCUUAGGCGUUGGGCGGAGGAGGUGGAUGUGAGAGGAUUGAUAAUGAAGAACACUGCAUUCAAGGUGUCUUUCGGAACCGCCUUCAUUCUGGCUUCCAUAUACGGUUAGAUGAUGGAGUUGGUGACGGGGCGGGCCCAACUUCAAUGGUAUCGAGAUGUUGGUGUUGCUCGACGCUUGUGGUUUUCAAUAGCAUCGAUGGAAAUAUCAGGACUUCCACAUUCUUCGACUUUGGAUGCCCCGGACUGUGAUGAUCCGCGUGAGGUGCAAGACCACCUGUGCAAUAUCGCCUCCUAGGGAGGGAGAGCAGGACGAACACUUUGAAAGACCACUUUAGCCU